AUGAGCUGGAGGUCGACAAUCGUUAUUUGUUCGGUGGUAGGGGGACUGGCUGUGGCCACAUAUCCCAUAAUUAUCGCCCCAUACAUGGACCCAAAACCGUGGAAUGAGAUACAGCGUGUCAGCAGAGAAGGCAUUGACAGGGACAAGAUACAACCUGGAGGUAUGAAAGUUUGGACUGAUCCAUUCCACAGUAAAAAGGACUAG